GCUGGCGACUCCAGCUGCUUGCCUCGCGACCGCGCCCGCAUUCCUCGGCUCGGCUGCCCAGCAAGGUCAGACACUGACGGACGGCGCUGCGCUGUGAUCACAGACACUAGCAGUUCUCGAAGAUGCUCACGUUCCGCCGCGCCUUCGUGGCGGCGGCCCUGCUCCUCACCAUCUUCUACCUCAGCACGACGCGAUCGACGCCGCCCAUGGCAACUCCUCCAGUGCAGCUGCCCCAGACUUUCCCCAAAACUCAACCGCCGCCCGACUCGUCGAGGCAAGCAUCGACGACAGCCGUAUCGUCGGACCAGAAGGCUUCCAGUGCCAGCCCAAUCCGCCACGGCUCGCCCGGCGUCGAGAGGCCAUCGCGAUCGGGCCAGCACACGAUGCAAGACAUGUCGAAGCUGAGCCUGUACGACAAGCUCGCGUACCAGUUCCCCUACGACGUCGAGACCAAGUUCCCCGCCUACAUCUGGCAGACGUGGAAGUGGACACCGGCGCACGGCGAGUUCCAGUUCCGCGAGCAGGAGGCGUCGUGGACGGAGCAGCACCCGGGGUUCAUACACGAGGUCAUCACGGACCAGGUAGCCGUGAACCUACUCCGGCUGCUGUACGCAUCGGUGCCCGAGGUCCUAGAGGCGUACGAGGCGCUGCCCCUGCCCGUGCUCAAGGCCGAUUUCUUCCGCUACCUCAUCCUGCUGGCAAGAGGGGGCAUCUACUCGGACAUUGACACGUACGCGCUGCAGAGCGCGCUCGAGUGGAUUCCCAAGUCGGUGCCGCGGAGCGCCGUCGGCCUGGUGAUUGGCAUCGAGGCGGACCCGGACCGGCCGGACUGGAAGGACUGGUACAGCCGCAGGAUCCAGUUCUGCCAGUGGACGAUCCAGAGCAAGCCCGGGCACCCGGUGCUGCGGGAGAUCGUGUCGCGGAUCACGGACCAGACGCUCAAGCGCAAGCGGGCCGGGUCCCUGCGGGGGGUGGUCGACAAGAACGUGAUUGAGUUCACGGGGCCUGCGCUGUGGACGGAUAUUAUAUUUGAGUAUUUCAACGACAACCGGUACUUCGACAUGAAGCACUCGGCCGGCCCCAUCGACUUCCAGAAUUUCACGGGCAUGGACAUGGCCAAGCGCGUGGGGGAUGUCAUUGUGCUCCCGAUCACGAGCUUCUCGCCCGGCGUGCAGCAGAUGGGCGCCAAAGAGUAUGACGAUCCCAUGGCGUUUGUCAAGCACGACUUCGAGGGCACCUGGAAGCCCGAGAGCGAACGCCACAUUGGUGCCUGAAGACCGGCUCUUCCCGCAUUCAUUCCAAAUCUGUCUGACGACUUUUUUCUUCCUCUUGUCUUCUUUGGUAACAUAUUGUUUA